GUCAUCUGUCAAAAUCAGUGGGGUGACACAUUGACAACUGACUCGGUACAUCGCCGCUCCACCCAUCACCGUUUUUUGUAAGGCGCGUUUUGGAACCCUCUUUCUGGUCGGUUUACCCUAACUUGCUCCUGAUUUUCGGGUGUGUGGCUCGUGUGUUUCUAGUGCUUAUUUCGGAAAUUACACAUUUCAAACGAAAUCUUUGUUUUUGAUGAUCGUUUCUCUUCCUUUAUCACUCUGCACGAUAAUAUAUGUAGCAGCAAAGCAGUGUCGAUGUUUCCAGCGCAUUUUUUCCAUGAAUUAAGCAAUCGAAACAAAAACAUUGGACGCCAUGUUGAAUCGAAUGUUGGGUUGAUGAUUCUGGCCCUUCGUCAUCCCCCUGGUCAAAAUGACCUGAGAUCUGUCAAAAAAUUUCGUCGUGCAAUGAAAAAAAAAACAAUCCAAGCAGACAUUUGUGCAACUUCGCACCAUUUCACUGACAGUACGCAUCUGGCACCCAAAAAAAAAAACAUGGAUUCCUUCGAAGAACCCGAUGCCUCCCAUCCUCAGCUUCUGCAUCGGUACCUUUCGCAGAGCGAUGUCGACCACCUCCAUCGGAUUUUCAGCAAGCGCAAACAGCUGCUUCCGGAUGAACUCCGUGCGGAAUUGUACGACCUUACCGGUGUGGAGUUCAGCGACGACGAGUUCCAGACCCUAUUUAUGAAAAUCAACGCCAACAAGGAUGAAUACUGCCAGUGGGACGAACUGGUAAGCUACCUGAUCCUGGGCUUCCAGAACGAUGACCCACUGGCGGUGCAGGAAUCGCUGGAUCUGCCCAUUUCCCAGGACAUGAGCAUGAAGCUCGGCCGGCAAACCUAUCCGGUGACGAAGAUCCAGUACGCUCCGUUGGUUUCUUAUGAUGGUAGUGUUAACUGGUCACAAGGCUUUUGGGUUACAUCUACACGCGAAGCUGUAAUCCAUUUCUGGAAACGCGAUUGGAAACCUUUGAAAACUGGAAAGGCUUUUAGUGUGGACCUCAAACGCAUCAAAACGAUGGUUCUGGACACGGCCAUCCUUCCGGAUCAGAACUACUUUUGCGUUGCAUGUCUGGAGUGUGAACUGCGAUUCUAUGACAUUAUCGCGUCCGGAUUCACGCUGAAAACGAUUAUUAACCGAAUUCCCAACGCCAUAAACACUCUGUACUACCACUUUUCUCCGAAUGCACGUAGCAAAAUGAUUCUGGGUGAUUAUGUGGGUCACGUGAGAAUGAUAGAAUUCUUUCCGGAGAAUAAGGAACCAUUUAAGUUCGACGCGGCCACCGCCAUAACCAGGAUGGCCUUUUGCGAUUUGAUGGGUGGACUUUGUCCGCAGAUGACGUGCGUGGACUACGGUCGUCUGCUUCCGGAUAUUGUACGUCAGAUGGAGUUUGUGGAAUCUAGAAACAGCAUUUUGGCGUGCUCCGAGGAUGAUCCUCUUGUACCACAUCAUCUACGGCACAAGUUACAAGUUUCGUUGGUGAUUCAGCACACACGGAAGCUUGAUAGGCAAGCGAAAUUCAAGGUUUACAAGGGGGUGACGUGCUUUGCUUUUGAUUCUGAGAAGGAUUUCUUAGUUACCGGAGGUCCUGAUGGUCAGCUACGGUUGUGGGAUAGCCGAAGGCCGGAGAAACCUACUGAGGUGUUGGCCGGACACAAUUCUGCAGUAGUUUUCAUGUUUCUACAGGAUGAGUCACUAAAACUGUACAGUAUGGAUCAGAAGAAGAUUGUCAAAAUAUGGGAUGUUCCGAAUCGAACGUUGAUCCAAACGUACAGCCAGUUCUCGACGAGCCUGUUCAAAACGGUUCCAGCGUGUGCAUACUACAGUGAAUUGAAUCGUGAGUUAAUGGUGGGUGCCAACAAAGUUCUGGCUGCUAACUGUUGCCCAAAAAUUGCACUGGAGGUUACGGAUGGUGAGAGUCAUACGCAACCUGUCUCGGUUCUACUGCAUAAUCCGCUAUUCAAGGUAAUUGUCAGCUGCGGAAUAGACAGCUUUAUAAUCGUGUGGGAUUAUACUGGAAACCGGAAGCUAACCAUCAUCCAAGAUGCUCAUACUGAGGUGAUUCAUGGUAUAUUGGAGAAGGUUCAAAUUACAGCUGCCUGUUUUGAUCCAAAACUUCAGUUGAUGGUGACCGGAGCUCGUAAUGGAGAGUUGAAAAUAUGGAACUUCAACAGUGGAUCGUUGAUGAGCUGUAUGAGCAUAGGGCCAGAAUGCGAAGUAACUGCUGUGUUCUGGGAACGAACCGGGAUUCUGGCCAUGGGUUGGAAUCACGUAAUAGUAGAGUUUCCCGUUGGAGCGACAGGAAUAGAUUUUCCAUCGAGUGUUGAAUGGCAGAAACUGCACUCGGAUGACAUUCUUUGUGCCUCAAUCAAUCGUACAGAACCAAAAGCAUUGGCCACCUGUAGUUAUUCAGGAGAAAUUAUUAUUUGGAUGCUAGAAACAGGCCAAGCUUACAGAAGAUUUGAUGCUGCGAAACCAAGGCAGAAGAUACCGGUGAACUUGAAAAAGAAAAGGUUACCGCAAGCUACGCGAAGACAAACUCGAAUGUCAAUAUUUCAGCCUCAGGAGCAUUGGCGUCAACGACGAUUAACUCGAAUUAUGAUGCCAGCUACAAGUGAACUUUUACGGCAACUGACAAUUCAUGACCUUCUUUUCCUGGAAGCCCGUCAUGUACAUCCUGAGUAUGGCACGCUGUUGGCAUCGCUAGAUACCGGAAUGAUACAAGUCUAUUCUCAUCACCCUGAGGGAGGCUAUUUGGGAUCGUUCAGUGCGGUGCACAUGGCAGGAGACCGAGUUAUAAUGAUGACGACGGAUUCCAGCAAUAAGUUUCUAUUCACCGGAACCUAUCUAGGCUACGUGAAGAUUUGGCUACUCGAAAACUACUUUGUUCCAGAAGAGCAACAGCCAAAAAUAAAUCGGGCAGCCCUGAGGAUGCAGUUUCCCUUCCUGAUUGACGAUGUAGUGCCAGGCCGUGCGAAACGUUCGGUAGCUAAUCAACCAAAACCGAUGUUGUUGAGCUCCCACCAGGCUCACCGAACUUGCGUGACCGAUCUGGUUUAUUUACAGACUUCACAGCUGUUGGUGUCAGCCAGCAGUGACCACACGAUUCGCAUCUGGACCAUCAGUGGUCGCUACGUGGGCCUGCUGGGAAGCCCGGUGAAAUGGCCUACCCUUGAUCCGGAUCACCCUAUGCCACGUGACUACAACUUCCGCAUUCCACCGGACCUGCAUCGAGAAGUCAGCUUCACAACCGCCCAGGUGCUACGAGGAGGGGAACGUUUCAUCAAGUUCAAGAGCCGAAUUCUCCAGGAGGCAAGCGAACGCAGACGUACCGAAGCGAUCGAAACCUACGGAAAACCACUGGAACCGCCCUAUCUCAAUCCGGCGACAUUCCCGUACGGUCAACGCACCUCGUACCAUCCGGAUCCGAAGAUGGAUUUUUCCUUCAGGCAAGCGCCCAUUUUCGAACAUCUUAGCAUUCCGAAUUUGCUCAAUCUAAAGCUCUUUGACGGCGAGAAAGUUUUACACGAUGCGAAACAACUGGAUUUCUCCAGCGAUGGUGACCGGAUUGAUUCGUACCACGAGAAGAAGGACAGCAUGUUUAAAUAGAAACCGAGGUUCAGAUAUAAUUUUACGAAGGCGGCGUUAUUGAGCACCAUCUCAUUAUGUUCAACUGCGUGUAGCUAAUACAACAACGAAAGCUCUCAUUUCACACUCCACCACUUGGAGCUCUCCGCCAAUUUCCGUCUGCGGUCUUCGAACCGUCCAAUCUGACUCUCCCCUUGCUACAAACAUUGUUUAGAUUUCUUUUUUUUUUUUCGUGGAAAGGCUGCAAUACUCCCGCCUCCACACAGAUCCAAACGAGCUUCCCAUCUAGAUUUGAUUACGAAAUAUCAACAUUUCAUAGACAGUAGGUACAACCAGGCAAAAGGGAUGCGUAAAAGAAGGAAAAUGGGCCUUCUUCGUCCGGAAAAGGCGAAAAAGGAAUGGAAAUGGAAGCAAAAUCGAUCGGUGAAUAUAAAUGAA